AUGCCGCAACCACAGAAACAGCAACCACGGCGCAUCCUCGAAAAGUCCCGGACAGUGCGCCGACGAUACCAGCGAUCGAAUAAACGUCUCGAAUUCAGUGCUUCGCAAAUCCAGCGUAUUGAAAGGCAAGAAGAGCGAGAGAAGAAAGCCAAACAACUCCGGGAACGGGAGCAAAAGAAACUGGCGAAUAAGAAGAAGAGGGCUGAGAAAGAAGCAAAAGAGCGUGAGGAGAGGAGACGGUUAGGGAUUCCGGAGCCGAAUGCGUGUAAGAUUACGGCUAGUCAGCCUUUGUUGCUGAAUUUCUUUGGUGCGGGGAGUAAGAAGGUGGAUGAGGUGAGGGAAUCAAUGGAAGAGGAAACGGAGGGUUCUGAGAUGACGCAGGAGAGUGAAGCUUCGGAUGAAGACGGAUUGAUUGAAGAUGCGGAAGAUGAGAGCAAGCUGGAUAGUCUUUCUCCCGUACAGGAGGAAGAGCCAGGUGUGAUGCAACCACAAUCACAACUCAACAAGACAGACGAUACAGCCAAUUGUAUCUCGGAAGAAUUCAGUGACCUAGAAACUGAGCUUGGAGAUGACUGGCUGGACGAUCCUGAAUUGAAAAAGCAUAUGGCAAGCAUAGAGAAUACCCAGCAAAGCUUGAGUUCUUCCGCUGCGACACACAAUGACCAGCCAAGGGAGCCUUUGCAAGGUACGACGAAUAAUUGGACCGGAUUGACUGAGUCUUUUGAAGACGAUACUUCUCUGAUGCUCCAAGCUCUUGAUCCCACUGUUCUUGAGAAGUUUGAGAUUCCUCAGCCGAAGGUGGUUUUAUCAGUUAGCCAAAGCAUCAAGAUAUAUCCAACCCAGAAUGUACAUCGUCAGCCACACUUCGAUGCAGAAGACGAAUUCGGAGAUCUGCCUCUAUCUACGCAGGAUGUGAGAGACCUCGACAAUUUGGUUGGCCUUGGCUGA